CAACAGCAUCACGUUUCUGUGUGAAAAGAAGAGACUCUUUCUCUCUUCUAUCUAGUUCUCUUUCUACCUAGGUUUUGGUUUUGGAUUACUGUCUAUCACUGUUAUCUUCAGAAUCUAUUAAACCCUAGUAGAGAAAACUCAUUUUAUACUCUGUUCUAGGGUUCUAUAUUACUUCUAGUUAAUGUUUGGCACAACUUCAAAAAAACAGCAGGGUAAAAAAAUCAUGGCAUCUUCUUCAUCUGCAAUAACAAAUAUCUGUGUAUUGGUAGGGUUAGGUAUAGCUGGAAUUCUAUUAAUGACUAGAAAACUUAAAAAAGUUAUCAAAGAAGAUUUUGGGGCUUUUGUUGUUAGGUUACAGCUUUUACCUCCUCCUCCACCUGCACCUCCUAAAGCUCCUCAUCCUUUGUCUGGUCUUACUUUUGCUGUCUCAGACAUUUUUGAUAUAGAUGGAUAUGUUACUGGAUUCGGGAAUCCAGAAUGGGAAAAGACACAUGAACCUGCUUCUCGAACCGCACCUGUGGUUUCGUCUGCUGUUGAAGGUGGCGCCACUUGUGUUGGAAAAACCGUUGUGGAUGAAUUGGCGUAUAGUAUCAAUGGAGAUAACAAACAUUAUGGAGAGCCGACCAAUCCCGUAGCUCCCACACGCAUAUCAGGAGGAUCUUCAAGUGGAUCUGCUGUAGCAGUUGCUGCUAAUCUGGUUGAUUUUUCUCUGGGUAUUGAUGCAAUUGGUGGUGUGAGAGUACCUGCUGCAUUCUGUGGUGUACUUGGAUUUCGUCCUUCUUAUGGGGCUCUUUCUAACAUGGGGACUAUUCCUGUUUCACCAAGUCUAGACACUGUGGGAUGGUUUGCCAGGGAUCCUGGCAUGCUUCGUCGAGUGGGUCACGUGCUGCUGCAACUAUCGUACGCGGAUACACGUUCACCUAGAAAUAUUGUAAUUGCUGAUGAUUGUUUUGAGCUGUUAAAGAUCCCCGUGAACCGAAUUGCGCAAGUGGUGAUUAAAUCCAGUGAGAAGCUGUUUGGAAAACAAGUAUUGAAGCAUGCAAACCUUGAUGACUACUUGGGUUCCAAAGUACCGAGUCUGAAACAAUUCAAUGAGAGGAGCAAAAAUGGCGAAGUGAAAACCUCUUCACUGGGAUCACUUGCAAAUGCUAUGCUCCUUCUUCAGAGGCAUGAGUUCAAAUAUAAUCACGGGGAAUGGAUCAACUCGACGAAGUCUGUCUUGGAUUCUUCAAUAACAAGACAACUACAAGAACUGGGAGAGGCCACAGAUGCAAAGGUUGAUAAUUGCCAAUUAGUUUGGAAUGAAACACGCUCAGCUCUUCACAGUCUUCUGAAGGAUGACGGGAUACUUGUAAUUCCUACUGUAGCUGACCUUCCUCCAAAAGCUGGUGCAAAGGAGGCUGUAUUAGAGGACUAUCAAAGGCGUGCUUCUAGUUUGUUGAGUAUAGCUACCAUGUCCGGUUGUUGUCAGGUUUCCAUACCACUGGGACUUCAUGAAAAGUGUCCUGUCUCAGUGUCCUUCGUAGCACGCCAUGGUGCCGAUCGCUUCUUGCUAGACACUGUGCAAACUAUGUAUGCAACCCUUCAGGAGCAAGCUGAUAUUGCUGUUAAGUCAGGCUCGUCAAAUAGUGUUCUCAGCCAGGAAGAAUCUGCUGAGAUUGCCAAAGAAAAGGGUAACAAUUCAUUCAAAGAUAAACAAUGGCAGAAAGCUAUUGGCUUCUACACUGAAGCGAUCAAACUAAAUGGAAAGAAUGCAGCAUACUAUAGUAAUAGGGCUGCAGCAUAUCUGGAACUGGGAAGCUACCUCCAGGCAGAGGCUGAUUGUACUAAAGCCAUCAGUCUUGACAAAAAGCAUGUGAAGUCCUAUCUGCGGCGAGGAACAGCAAGGGAGAUGCUUGGUUUUUACAAAGAGGCUGUUGAAGAUUUUGGAUAUGCACUUGUUUUAGAACCAACAAAUAAGAGAGCUUCCCUUUCAGCUGAUAGAUUAAGAAAGUUGUUUCUAUAAGCUUCCUUUCUUUUGAUAAAUUAAGAAAGAUGUUUUUACAGAGAAAUUCAUGUUCACAAAGUAAGCAACUAUUUCUUGAAGACCCACCAUUAGAGAUUGUUUGGAAAAGAAAAGCUCUGGGAACACAACAUAUGGGGUGGAGGAUUGUGUGGUUAAAUUUUGUUAAUCUCCAGCAUUUUUUUCUUCCUGUAGUAUUAUUUUGGCACUAGGUUAGGCUUAAAAUUGAGGAUGGAAGGUUACAUGUACAUGACGAUCCGCAGUUAAGUAUAUUUGAAUUGAGUAAAGCAACAUGACUGGUUUCCUCUGAUUCAUUACGUCUUUCCACGAUUA